UGUCAAUGCAGUGCAUGGAACAUUGGGUCAUGAUGCGGUUGGGAACCAUAACAUACAGAGUUCAGCUGGGGGAGGUGGUGUGUCAAGGAGGGUUUCUAGUGUUGCGAAUGCCAGCAUGAGUGACCAGAAUGCAUCAGGCUUGGGGUCUACUAACCCUCCCUUUACCGGUGUCCGUAGUGCUCGCGAUCUCUUCUCUUUGUUGCAGACCGCAGCGCAGAUGGAACCGCAACAGGUUGAUAUGCCUUCGGCUUCGUCUACUUCUACUUCAGCGAAUCCUCCUGAACAGGCGGGUUCAUCGUUACAGCGAGGAGCGUCUACCGACUCCAAUCAACGGGAAGAUGCUUCAAGGCCUGAUCCUUCUGCUUCAGGUCCGGAGUCUCAGGACAAUGCAGUUGCCGUCCCCGGACCUGUCAGCGGCGCCAAGAGGAUCUGGAUCGUGGGGCACUCCUAUGUGCAUUGGGCCUCCAUCCGUAGUUCCGCCCUUCCGGGGGGACAGAAUUUGGGCUUUCCUUUCACCCUAGAUUCAAUUAGAUGGUUAGGGGAGAGAGGGAUGUGUUGGCCCGCGCUUCCAUCGCGUAUUCCGGAGGCCCUAGUACGCUGGGGUAAACCUCAUGUUAUAAUUCUCCAUAUAGGGGGCAAUGAUUUGGGCGCCAUUCCGAUCUUGGAGCUAAUCAAGAUCAUGCAGGCGGAUAUCGCUUGGAUCAGGGCUCGGAUUCCGAAUGUGUUGGUCGGUUGGUCCAACAUAGUUCCCAGGCUGGAAUGGCAUCACAUGUCUAGCCACAGCGCUGCUUACUAGGUCAGGAAGAAGAUAAAUUCCUCAGUUGCUAGAACCGUCAUGGGUAAUGGGGGAUUCGUAGUUAAACACGAAUCCCUUACAGCCGACAAGGUCCAUUGUUAUAGAAUGGAUAGGGUUCAUUUAGAGACAGUUGCCCUAGAUAUUUUUAUAAAGGACAUUCGUAAGGCCAUAUUAACCCUCCUUUAAGUCCGGUUGGGUUGUGUUUGUCUUUUAUUGGUUGGCGGCACAGUUAUCAUCUCAAUGCUAUCUGGUGGCGGGAGGUAACGGCCCUGUUGCCUUGGAAAGGGUGAACGGGGGGAGUGAUGACCAGUCUAAAAGUGAGAGGGGUGGAUAGCCUCAAGUGCAUGUGAGGUGCCCCUCCUUCCCCUUGCGGGUGGGUCACGUGAUCUCAUUAACCCCUUAGUAGCAAUUUUACUAUGAGCAGAGGUCCCGCUCUGCUGCAGUUUCCGUUUGGGCCGUUUACCUUCUGCAGUGCUGGGUUGUCAUUAUAGCAUUCGUUCAGCCGCCAUCAUAACCUUGUUGGUUUCCAUGGUUACUUAUUUAAUUAAUAAAUGUUUAACCUGUGACGGUUAAAAAUUUUACCCACAAAAA